GGAGCACGUCUGCCUUCCGCUUCUGGGGCUGGAUUGACACACAAUGAGGAGCGGAGAGGCCGGGGAGACGCUCCACAAACGCCGCUGUAAAUAAUUACAACAAUCACAGAGGCCGGAGAAACAUGGAGAACCAGUGCACGGUGCAGGUGAAGCUAGAGUUGGGCCACAGAGCUCAGCUCAAGAAGAAAGUGACGUCAGAAGGCUUCACCCACGACUGGAUGGUUUUUGUCAGAGGGCCAGAGACCGGCGACAUCCAGCACUUUGUGGAGAGGGUCGUCUUCCGCCUGCACGAUAGCUUCCCUAAACCUAAGAGAGUGUGCAAGGAGCCUCCAUACAAAGUGGAGGAAUCGGGCUACGCAGGCUUCAUCAUGCCUAUCGAGGUUUACUUCAAGAACAAGGAGGAGCCAAAAAAAGUUAUCUUCAACUACGACCUGUUCCUCAACUUGGAGGGCAACCCUCCUGUUAACCACCUGCGCUGUGAGAAACUCACCUUCAACAACCCGACCAAAGAAUUCAGGAAAAAGCUCAUCAAGGCUGGAGGGAUACUGGUGGUCCCCGAGGGGGCAGAAGCUGUGUCGAGGCCCAGUCCGGACUACCCGAUGCUUCCCACCAUCCCCCUCUCAGCCUUCUCAGACCCCAAAAAGACAAAGACCUCUCACGUAUCAAAGGAACCCAGCAAAGAAGGAAGUGGUGGCAGCAGCAAAGCCCCCAAACCACACAAGCUGACCAAGGAGCACCGCGAACGGUCGAGAAAAGACUCUGAGAGCAAAGGCUCGUCCAAAGGGGACGAGCGGGACGGGAGCAGCAAAAGCGGCCGCGAUCCCUCCUCGUCCUUGAAGAAGCCGUCGGAGAUCAAAGUGAAGGACGAAGUUAAGGUUCAGCCGAAGGCGGCCUUCAAAGAGCCCAAGCUCACCCUGAAGGAGUCGAAGAUGGACGGCAUGUCCCCCAAAGGAGGCGGGGCAGGUAGUGGAGGGGGAGGCGGAGGCGGCGUGGUGGAGGCCAAAGCUCCGGGGAAGCGGCCCUCCACCGUGGACUCGCCCAAACCCAGCGUCAAGAAGCAGAAGAAGGGCAGCUCCGAGGGGCCGAAGGGCCCGGCCGGCGGGGCUUUCACUGUGACUUCUCCUCGCGUCUCCUCGUCGUCUGCGGUCGGGCCGCCCUACGGCGAGAAGAAACCCUCCAAGGAGAAAGGCCGCUGGGGCAAAAGCAAAAGUGACAACCAGGAGCUGAAGGAGCUGAAGAAGCUUCCGGAGUCGGAGGAGUCCAAUUCAGAGGACGAAGCGUCGUCGAAGUCAGAGCAAUCGGCUCGCUCCAGUCCUUCAAACUCUACUUCCAGUUCUGACUCCAGUUCAGAUUCAGACUUUGAGCCGGGACAAAAACAAGGGCAAGGCCCCCUGAGAUCCAUGGUGGAGGAGAUCCAGUCAGAAGAGUCUGACGACGACGACAGCAGCUCAGAAGAAGAAACGCCCAUUAAAACCAACCCCCCCAACCGCGACUCUCGACUCAGCCUGGACAGCGAGAGCGACAGCAGCGAUGGCUCGCACCGCCCCAGUCGAGACCCUGCCCCACCCCCACAGAAACACAGCUCGUCCAACAACAAAGUGGUCCGAAAAAGUCCAGAUUCCUCUUUUCGCUCGGAGAAGGUGAUGAAGAAGGGGUACGACAAGGUAGGAAGGGCCUACACGGAGGAACUGGUGGACCUGCACCGCCGACUUAUGGCAUUAAGGGAGCGUAAUGUACUGCAACAGAUCGUCAACCUGAUCGAGGAGACCGGCCACUUCAACGUGACAAACACCACCUUUGACUUUGACCUCUUUUCACUGGACGAGUCCACCGUCCGCAAACUACAGAGCUACCUGGAGGCGACGGCCACGUGACAGGAAGCAGGGGGGGGGGAGGAGGAGGCCGGCGCGU